UCCUUCUUCUUCCUCUUCCUCUUCCUCUUUCUCACCUUUCAAUUGGAAGAUCACGAACUCCCUCGUUCUCAGCCAUGUCUACCAACGCCGAGCUCACCCAGUACGUGCUGCGCUCGUCGUCGCCCGCUCCGGCCAUUUUUGACGGCACCACCAGGCUCUAUAUCUCGCUGGUUUGCCCCUACGCUCAACGUGUGUGGAUUGCCAGAAACUACAAGGGUCUUGAAGCAGAGAUCAAGGUCGUUCCCAUUGACAUCAAAGACAAGCCUCAAUGGUACAUGGAGAAAGUCUAUCAACCAGGGCGGGUGCCAUGCCUUGAGCACAAUGGGAAGGUGAUGGGUGAAAGCCUGGACCUGCUCUACUACUUGGACGACCAUUUCACAGGCCCACAACUUCUUCCUGAGGAAGAAGAGAAAGUGAGAUUUGCGAAAGAGAUGAUGGGGUAUGCCUCCACCUUCAUCAAGUCAGGCUACACUGGUCUAAAAGGAGACGCCCUCAAGGAUUUUGGUUCAGCCCUGGAUGCCCUAGAGGCUGGCUUGGCCAAGUAUGGAGAUGGGCCUUUCUUCUUAGGAGAGAAGCUGUCAAUGGUGGAUAUUGCGUAUGCUCCAUUUAUUCAAAGGUUCGACAUCCUUUACCCGAUUUUCACAAAAUAUGAUAUUUUCCAAGGCAGGCCUUUACUGGCUUCACUGUAUCAGGAACUGAACAAGACAGAGGCCUUCAAGAAGACGAAAGCAGAUCCACAAACCCUUGUCACAUACUACAGGCAGCAUUUUUUGGGUGAAAAGUGAAACUGGCUGAUCUCACUGAUUAACAACAGAUUGUUACCGGCGUCGAAUCCGCUCCACAACAGUAAAAGGCAAUGGCACUUUGAUUAAUGUAGAUUGGACCCUUGGCGAUGAUGUUAUUUGUAAACAAAAUUAGUUUUGAUAUGGACGUGAUUAAUAUGUUAUUGCAUGCUCUAAGAUGUUGUUAUUGGGUGAGUGGAAGAACUAUUUCAUCUUACUGUUCAUCAAGAGGGUCGAAGCAAUCUCAGG